GGCCUCAAGUUCCAGUCAGCACCAACAUUCCCCGUAUUUAUUACGGUAAGGAUAAUCCGGCGAUCCACUAAAUCCGGACCGUCCAAGCAAUUCCCUCGUACGUACCACCCCCAUCUCAUUUCAUCACCAUCAUCAUGAUAAUAUAUAACGCAAUCACUUUCGUUCUUAUCCUAUUAGAAGAUUACUACUGAUUUAUUGGGAUUUUACUGAUUGAAGAGUGAAACAGAGAGCUGGGUCAGAAAAAAUGGAUUUCGUUUCAAAAUCUUUCAAUUCCAUUACUCCAAGAUUCAUCUUCCUUUGCAAUACCCACCUAUAAAGACUUGACAUCCUCACCCAAAUCCCCCCACCAUUGUUGAGACAAAAAAGUUUCAAUCUUUUUAACCUUCUGGGUUUCUCGACUAUGCUCUCGAGAUCUUGCUUUGAUUUACUGAAUUUGGACCCCAUUGACGAUUUCCGGGCCGUCAGUCGGAUCCCCAGAGUCAUGCAAGCCUCCGGCUUCAUCUCCGAGUUCGACAACAACUCCGACGACCGUUCCGGCGGCUCCUCCUCAUCCGACAACAACAACAACAACAACGUUGUUUCCUCUGUUUCGCAGGAACGAAGAAUCAUCGUCUCCAACCACCUGCCGAUACGUGCGUUUCGAGAAGAAGACGACGACGAGACGAACACGUGGCGUUUCGAAUACGACCACGACAGCUUGGUCCUCCAACUCAAAGACGGCGGCGGCUUUGGCGCGGACGUCGAGGUCUUGUACGUGGGUUGCUUAAACGGAGUCGAGAUCGACCCCUGCGAUCAAGACGACGUCGCAUUUGUCCUCCUCCACGAGUUCCACUGCGUGCCGUGUUUUCUACCGACGGAAGUCGUCAACAAGUUUUAUCACGGCUUCUGUAAGCACUAUCUUUGGCCUCUGUUUCACUACAUGCUGCCCAUGUCAGCCAGCCACGGUGCACGCUUCGACCGUGCACUCUGGCAGGCCUACGUGUCGGCCAACAAGGCCUUCGCCGAUAGAAUCAUAGAGGUUCUAAACCCGGAUGAGGACUACGUUUGGAUCCAUGACUACCAUCUCAUGGUUUUGCCUACUUUCUUGAGGAAAAGGUACUACCGGGUCAAGCUUGGUUUCUUUCUGCAUAGUCCUUUUCCGUCGUCGGAGAUUUACCGGACGAUUCCGGUCCGGGAAGAGAUUCUGAGGGCUCUGUUGAAUUGUGAUCUUAUUGGGUUCCAUAUAUUUGAUUAUGCGAGGCACUUCUUGUCUUGCUGUAGCAGAAUGCUGGGUCUUCAUUAUGAGUUCAAAAGAGGGUACAUGGGUUUGGAGUAUUAUGGUCGAAUAGUGAGUAUUAAGAUGUUGCCUGUGGGGAUUCAUAUGGGUCAGCUUCAGUCUGUUUUGUCGCUCGAUGAUACUGCCAAGAAAGUGAAGGUGUUGAAGGAAAAGUUUGAGGGGAAGAUUGUGAUCUUGGGGGUGGAUGAUUUGGACUUGUUUAAGGGGAUUAGUUUGAAGUUUCUGGCAAUGAAGCAGCUUUUGGAAGAGCAUCAGAGUUUGAGGGGGAAGGUGGUUAUGGUGCAGAUAACAAACCCGGCGCGAAGCCGAGGCAAGGAUGUGCAGGAGGUUCUGAAUGAGACCAGUGCUAUUGCUAAAGAGAUCAAUGACAAGUAUGGCCGACCCGGGUACCAGCCCCUUGUUGUCAUCGAUGGACCUGUGACGACGCAAGACAAAGCUGCAUAUUAUGCCAUUUCGGAGUGCUGUUUGGUUAAUGCUGUGAGGGAUGGGAUGAAUUUGGUGCCUUACACGUACACUGUUUGUAGGCAGGGGAGCUCUGUUUUGGACAAGGUGUUGGAGAUUGGUGAUGAGGCAGCAGAUACGACACCUAAACCGAAAAAGAGUGUGAUCAUUGUCUCUGAAUUUAUUGGCUGUUCUCCGUCUCUUAGUGGCGCAAUCCGUGUCAAUCCCUGGAACAUUGAUGCUGUCUCUGAUGCCAUGAAUUUGGUCAUCACAAUGUCGGAGGACGAGAAGCGUCUUCGCCAUGACAAACAUUACAAGUAUAUCAGCUCUCAUGAUGUUGCUUAUUGGGCUCGGAGUUUUGAUCAAGAUCUUGAGAGAGCUUGCAGAGAGCAUUAUCGGAGGAGAUGCUGGGGCAUCGGUUUAGGUUUGGGAUUCAGAGUUGUAGCUUUGGGACCCAACUUCAGGAAGCUUUCUGUGGAUCACAUUGCCUAUGCUUACAGAAAUACAAGUAGCCGGCUCAUCUUAUUGGACUAUGACGGCACUAUGACACCUCAGGCUUCAGUGGACAAAGCUCCAAGCAGUGAAGUUAUUUCGGUCUUGAAUUGCUUAUGCAGUGAUCCGAAAAACAUUGUUUUCAUUGUGAGUGGCAGAGGGAAGGAUUCUCUCAGCAAGUGGUUUUCGCAGUGUGAGAAACUAGGUUUAUCAGCAGAGCAUGGUUACUUCACCAGGUGGACUAAAGAUUCUCCUUGGAAGACUUGCUCAUUGACAAUGGAUUUCAGUUGGAAGAAGAUUGUGCUGCCUAUUAUGGAGCCAUACACAGAAGCAACCGAUGGUUCUUUUAUAGAAGAGAAAGACAGUGCACUGGUCUGGCAUCAUCAAGAUGCUGAUCCUCAUUUCGGCUCAUCCCAGGCUAAAGAGCUGCUUGAUCACCUAGAGAGUGUGCUUGUCAAUGAGCCGGUUGUAGUUAAAAGAGGCCAACACAUUGUGGAAGUGAAACCACAGGAUGUGAACAAAGGUAUAGUUGUGGAGGAGCUCAUCUCCACUAUGCGAAAUAGGGUGAAGUCACCAGAUUUCUUGUUAUGCAUAGGGGAUGAUCGCUCAGAUGAGGAUAUGUUUAAGAGCAUCAUGUAUCCCGAAUCAAGUCCGUCCUUGCCAGCCAUUGCAGAAGUCUUUGCUUGCACUGUUGGUCAAAAACCAAGCAUGGCAAAAUACUAUCUGGAUGAUACAGUUGAUGUCAUCAAGUUGCUUCAAGGCCUCGCUUCAGCAUCAGCGCAACCAAAGUCUGGACCGCAGUUUCCGGAAGCAUUUGAAGUGUUCAUUUGAAAGUGACCGGUAGCAAUUUAGGUAGCUGAUGUGCUGUUUUUGCAUCAGGAUUUAGGUAUAUUUGGGCCUUGACUUGUUUGUUUACAAGGGGACAUAAAGGUAUAGAGCUAACAACACAUCGAACUUUGUACAAAUGAUAUCUGCAUUUACCGAUCCAUCUUAAAACUCCAUUCUUUUGA